AAUUUAGGUCAGGCAUCAUGGCAUGCUUGUAAUCCCAGCCCUUGGGAGGCUGAGGCAGGAGGAUUGUUGCAGCCUGGGCUACAAAGUGACCUGGCCUGAACUGUAUAGCAAAACCCUGUCUCAAAAAGAGAAAGACCAAAAACAAAACAAAACCAACAAAAGUACAAGUUUAGAGUGGCUGGAUGGGGUAGGGUGGGGUAAGUUACUGAAUGACCCCUGGGUGAGGGAUGACAUGGAGUCUGACGAGCCAUUUUACAGUUGGUAUUUUACAAGGCCAGUGAGAAGGCUUUGAAGGGUUUGGGGAAUUAAGACUGGGAGCUUGGUGAGGAUGGAGGAAGACAAGGCUGGGACAGUGGCUGCAGAGGUAGAAAGAGACUGAACACCAAGAGCUGUUUAGGAAAAAAUGAUAACAGCUUGGUGACCCUGAGAGAGAACCUGGGGGAGGUGUUUGCUCUGUCCCCAGGGAAUGAUGAUCCUGCAGGGCAUCCAGGGAGGGUGUGUAAGGGACACUGGCUAUAUAGUUCUGAGUUUAAGAGAUGAGUCAGGCUAAAGAUUCAUGAAUGGAUAGGUGGCAGUGGGUGGGAUGGCCCAGAGGUAGGUCCCAAAAGACAUCUACUAGAAAAAGAGCUGCCCAAAGAGGAAGGAAAACCAGGAGAUUUGGAAGCCAGGGCAUACCCAAUGAUGUAAUGGAGGCUGCCUAUCUGUCGAGAUUGAGGAGCACCCUUUGGUUCAGAGCUAUACCACAGGAGGCAGUGGAGAAAGCCAGAGGACUUACUGGUCUGUAAAUGGGAAAUGCAAGGCUUGGAAUGACAGCCCCUGGAAAGAGGACGGUGCUGGGUAGCACCACUUUUUAGCAGCCUGUUCUCAGAUUAUAGAAUGUGGUGUCUACUCCAGUCUCUAUCACAUGGGCCAAGGGGACCUUGAAUUCAGGAAGACAGAGCUGUGAGCCAGCAGCAGAGCUAGGCAGGGACUGGGUGCUCCAUCCCCAGGGUCUCUCUGCCCACUUGGGUCACAGCUCAAACCUUUGCCUGUGUGAUUGCAAGAAGCCUCCCCAAGUCCAGGUUGAGCCAGACUUCAUUGUCACAGGCAUGGUCCUUUCUACCUGCAGGAGGCAAUACUGGGGAUUAGGAGACUCAAAAGGAUCUGGGUCCCUGGUUCUGUAUCGCAGGGGACAGAUGAGGGGCAAGGAAGCAGAGAGGGAAGAGUCCUGGACUGAAUUCUGGAAGACCUCAGGGCUGCACAGUACUUUCUGACAAUCAUUUAACUCCCUGAGAAGCAGUUUUCCCACCUGGGGACAAGAAAUGAGAGUUGCUGGCAGGGUUGUUUUAAGAAUUGGAUUGUCUUGCUUGUUCAUGCAUGCAUCUGUGUGCAUGUGCGUGUGCGUGUGCGUGUGUGAGAGAGAGAGAUGGGGGAGGGGGGAGAGAGAGGGAGAGAGGGAGAGAGAGAGACAGAGAGAGACAGAGAGAGACAGAGAGAGAGAGAGUAUUUGGUAUGAUGAGCCAGGAGUAAGAGGCAGUCAUUUGUUCCAGGGGCAGUUUAUGGCUUGGGACCAGGGCUGCUGAGGAGAGGCACUCUGAAGAAUUACCCAGGAUAGUGGCCAGGUAGACACUUAAGACCCUCUGCCCCAGGGAUUUGGGACCAGUCAGCUCAUGGGCUCCUGGCAGCCCAGGCCCCACCCUAUCUCCUUAGAGACAGCAGUGAAGGGUAUCCACAGACAGGAUACUUCCAAGCAUCAAAAAAGGUGAAUUUGUGGAGUCAGACAGCACCAUGACCUGGUCUUCCUCAUCCACAGCCCUCUGGUGAAGCAUCCUCUCAGGAAUUAAUUAGUCCCUACUUGGAAUUGGUUCUCCUGGUCGGCAUGGGGCGGAGCUGAGCUCCAGAGGUCUUGCGCGCACAGCUGGAGGGUCACGUGGCACGCCUCCCCCCCCCCCCGGGCCCCCCUUCCUGCCAACGCAGCAUUUGGCUCAGGCCCCGUCUAUGGCCGCCCUUGGGACCCUGUGCUGAGCCCUAGAGGCCCCAGCGUCAGGGUGUCGCGCCGCUCCUGAGGGCCUUGCUUGAGUGUCGGGAUCCCAGGGACCCAGGCUGCGAGCGGGACGGUAAAGGUAUAAGGAACGGAUUCAGCCUCAGUGCGGGAAGGAGUAGGACCGAGGUUCCACUUCUCCCUGCCGGGCUUUGGGGCCUCAUCCUGGAUUAGGUGGGAGUUGGGUACAAAGGGGGAGCUUCUCAUCCCCCUAGCCCGCUCAUCACAGCAGUGCGUAGGACCCGGAGAGGGAUGAACGUCUAGUAACUGGAGGCCCCUGGGGCGUGGCCUUUUGCCCCCUCCUCUCCGGGAGGGCAGGGCUGGGAGUCCCUGCCGACUGCCCCUCACUCUACCACCUCCGGAGGCCCUGCCUGCGACCCUUCGAAGGGAGGGACGGUGCUGUCCACACGGACAUGAGGAGGCUGCGCCUACGCGGGGACGCGUUGCUCACGCUGCUUCUCGGCACCGCCCUCGCCCUCCUACUCUAUGCGCAGCACGAUGGCCCGGCCCCAAUUUCAAGAGCGCCCCGAGAGCACGGGCGAGGGGCAAGGAGGACAACGCUAAGGCCCCGCAUAUUUCAGGUACCAGCCGGCACAGCCCCACCCGCCUAUGAAGAGGACACGCCCGCACCCCCUACGCCUCCGGGCCCUUUUGACUUCCGCAGCUACUUGCACGCCAAGGACCUGCGGCGCUUUCCCCUGCUCAUUAACCAGCCACACAAGUGUCGUGGCGAUGGCGCACCUGGCGGCCGACCCGACCUGCUCAUUGCUGUCAAGUCUGUGGCUGCUGACUUUGAGCGGCGCCAAGCUGUGCGCCAAACAUGGGGCUCUGAGGGUCGCGUGCAGGGUGCGCUUGUGCGCCGCGUGUUCUUGCUGGGCGUGCCCAGGGCCGCAGGCACCGAAGGGGCAGAUGCAAAGGGGGCGGACAUGCAGGGGCACUGGCGAGCCCUACUGCAUGCUGAGAGCCGUGCCUACGCGGACAUUCUGCUCUGGGCCUUCGACGACACCUUUUUCAACCUAACGCUCAAAGAGAUACACUUUCUGGCCUGGGCCUCAGCCUUUUGCCCUGAUGUGCACUUUGUUUUUAAGGGCGAUGCUGAUGUCUUUGUGCAUGUAGGGAAUCUGCUGGAGUUCUUGGCCCCGCGGGAUCCAGCGCAGGACUUGCUUGCGGGUGAUGUGAUUGUGCAGGCACGACCAAUCCGCGCGCGAGGUAGCAAGUACUACAUCCCCGAGGCUGUAUACGGCCUGCCUGCCUAUCCAGCCUACGCAGGCGGCGGUGGCUUUGUUCUUUCGGGAGCUACGCUGCGCCGCCUGUCCAGUGCAUGCAAGCAGGUUGAGCUCUUUCCCAUCGACGACGUCUUUCUGGGAAUGUGUCUGCAGCGCCUUCGGCUUACACCGGAGCCUCACCCAGCUUUCCGCACCUUUGGCAUCUCCCAGCCCUCAGCCGCGCCUCACCUGCACACCUUCGACCCUUGUUUCUACCGUGAACUGGUUGUAGUGCACGGGCUCUCUGCUUCUGACAUUUGGCUUAUGUGGCGCCUGCUGCACGGGCCAUAUGGGCCGGUCUGCGCACAUCCACAGCCCGUUGCUGCAGGCCCCUUCCAAUGGGGCUCUUAACUACUAAUCGGUGGCUGACUUCUGUCACCCAGCCCCAGAAUGGAGCUUUUUAAAAGGGUUCCCCACUAGGAUACUAUUGUGUAUGCAGCCCUUGCCCAGACUACUGGGUGUCUGCCUCAGGAUCCUAAAGAACACUGAGCUUGGCUCCUGGUGGCCCACACUAUCAGAAGCAGGUCUAGAACCAAUGUCAUGGUGGCCCCACUAAGAUAGCCAGGGCUGGGGGGUUAGAAGACCAGUCUUGCCCAGCACGCCUUACACUAGUAGAUAUAUUUAGUUUUCCUAGUAGCAAAUAGGUGUAUAUUUUGGUGGGAGCUUGGUUUCAAACCCUCAGAUGAUGAAGACACAUGCAGCGGGGCUCAUCCUCUUUAAGACCAGGCCUCACAGCCAACAUAGACUUGGCAGGCAUUAUGCCACAGCCCAAUCUUAAAGUAGACAUUGUGCUUCUCACCUGCACCUCCAAACUGAAUUCUAAGUCUUAUCUCUGUCUUUAAAUCUUUCCUGAGAUCUUUCUUGGAGACAACCCUUCCAGGGCCCAGGACUGACUGGAAGACCGGGGACAGAGUCACAGGGACAACUGUGUCAUGGUCCUAACUCUUUACUCCCCUCCACCCACAGUUAUGUCAGUGUCCUACCCCACCCCCUGGGAACGCUUCUAAAACUCUUCCAUUAUAAAAUUUUCCCACAUUCUUCAACUACCCUCUUAAAAAAACCAACACCUCCACACUUAUUUUAGUACAAACAUCCCAACAACAGCACAUGGCUGGCUGCUGCUGAGAGCACAGGUGCUUUAUUGGAGAGAGAAUGUGGGCAAGGGAUAAGGAAGGUUCCCCUUUCCAAGAGGAUGGGAACAGUCCUGGCUACCCCUGACAAUGAGAUAUGCAGGGUCUCUGGCCAGACUGUGGUCAAAAUGGGAAGACACUCAGUCACAAAGUCACGGGCGUGCCACAUAAGCCUGGCUGUAGGUGCAGGAACCAUACAGGCAAGCACCUGGGGCAGGUCCCUUGCACAUUCAUCAUGAACUAUACAGAACAAGGCUGUACAUGAGUUAAUUACAAAAGAGUCAUAUUUACAAAAAUCUGUACACACAUUUGAAAAACUCACAAAAUUGUCAUCUAUGUAUCACAAGUUGCUAGACCAAAAUAUUAAAAAUGGGAUAAAAGUA